UUCGAUACCUCUGUCUCGCUUGUUCUCGACUAUUCAUUCUUUACUGUCUGUCUUCUCGAUAUCGAUCGUUUAUCUAGCUGAGAUAUUAUUUCUUGUCCAUCAUUUUCAAUCAAGUAGAGCCAGUCUGCUCUUCUCGCCAAAUCUCAUCUCGCCGCGUCGCGUCACGUCUUGACUCGUUCUUUAUCGAUAUCAUCCGCUUUCUGUCCUGGGAGAAACGAAGGAUAGUUGGAAAUGGUAAUAUUCAUGGCUCGCACCAAGAUGGCCAUUUUCUGGGUAGUCUGGGUGUUUGCUGUUCUAGGUCUUGCGAGUGAUAUGGAGAAUCACGUUUUUACCACCGUCACCCGCACCUUGCCGGCGGACUGCCCAUCAGACUCUGUGUCCUCUGCCUCUACUUUUACCUCUACUGCUGUCCCUGUCCCUGUCCCUAUCGCCACUACGACUGUGUUCACGACAACAAUCACAACUACGUUCACGACUAGGACUACAUUCACGACUAGGACCACGUCCACAUCUACGAUUGUUACCAGUACAUCUACCGUGACAACGCAAGCCCCUCACACCAGCUGGACCACGUCAAAGUCUACUUCUAUCCCUUGUCCUUCGGAUCAUGGUGGCUCUUCGACUGUUUCAUCGAGCCCUAUCUUGACCACGACAUCUAGUAAGGAGCCUAUCACCACGACAUCUAGCGUUGGCAUCCCUGCCGUGACGAGCGGUAGUAGCACUUCUACUACCGUUGCGUCGGGAACGGUUACUUCUUCGAUUACCACUGGUACUGGUUCUAGUUCUAGUUCUUCUAGCUCCAGAGAAACAGAAGCAGGAAUCACUACUGCAACUGGAACUGGCGGUUUAUCAGCAGUUACCAGUUCCCCCACCAAGAAUAAUUCGAAUAAUUCAUGGUCCCUCCAUGCUAGCAUGGGGAAGCAGCGUAUCGACGUUUGCCUCAUUGCAGCCGUGGUGACUCUGCUUACCUUCAUGGUGAUGUAGGCCAUGGUUGAGUUGAGAUAGGGUUUGUGUCGGAUAGGGCGGGCUUUCGGCACGCGUUUUUUAAAACUAUUUCCGGCUGUUUUUUUCUUCGAACGGGUCAGUAGCUUUUUCAACGCCGAAUCAGUGCAGUCAGUCCAUGAUAUGCUGUGACAUGACAUGACACGAUAUGAUGAUAUGAUCAUGAUCAUUGCGAAUGUACUUCUUCCUCUCUUUCCCUUGGUGGCAAUUCAGACGAGUCGUACUUUGUACUUUCUUUUCCUCUCUUUCUUUCUCUCUUUCUUUCUCUAUCUACCUAUCUAUCCUUCAUGAAUGAAUGAAACCUGACCCACUACGCGUACUUUAGUCGAAUGCCAUAACUAUUAACUAACAAUCUUG